AAGCACAAACCCCUCCUCCUAAUUUCUUCUGUGCUUUGCUGUGCCAUGGAUGUAUUUUUUGUGGGAAGAAUCUGAGCAUUUGAUCAUAUCAGUGGUGCUUUAUGUUGUGAAUCUGAGCAUUGUUGUCCAUGUCAAUGAUGUAGAUUGUGUUAAUCUGAGCAAACUUGUCCAUGCCAAUGAUUCUUGUUUUGUUAAUCUGAGCAAACUUGUCCAUGCCAAUGAUGCAUCUUUAUUAUUCUGAGCAAACUUUUCCAUGCCAAUGAUCCAUUCUUUGCAAAUCUGAGUACACUUGUCCAUGCCAAUGUUACCUCUGUGUUGUAAUAUGAGGACACUUUACUUCAUGUUUGUGCAAACACUUAAGCUCCUUAUUCUAAUUUUUUAGAUAGUCCUGGAAGACCAAAGACAAAUGCUUAUUGUUCAUGCAGCUGCUCUAGUCACUGCUAUGUAUGUAUUUUUUAUCAGUAGGAUUAGAAUGGGUCAACUGUCCCGACCUAGUAUUACUUAUGCCCCAAUGAGUGUUAUGAAUGAGGAACGACAAAAGAACCUGAACAAAAUCUAUAACUGCAAUGAUGUAGAGUGUGUAAACAUGCUUCGUAUGAGGAGAGCUCCUUUCUUUCAGCUUUGCAAUUUGCUUAGGGGAAAAAAUCUGCUUAGAGACAGCAUACAUAGCAGUGUAGAAGAGCAAGUUGCAAUGCUUUUGCAUGUUGUCGGCCACAACCAACGUUUUAGAGUGAUACACCAAAAUUGGAGGAGGUCUGUUGAGACAGUGCAUAGAUAUUUUAAGGAGGUGCUCUAUGCUAUUGGGGAACUUAGGCAUGACCUGAUUCAACCUCCAUUUAAUGAAACACCACUUAAGGUCAGGAACAGCCACAGAUGGUAUCCAUAUUUUAAGGAUUGUGUUGGGGCAAUAGAUGGAACUCAUGUAUAUGCUAGAGUGCCAGCUAAGAUGCAAGCAGCCUUUAGAGGUAGGAAGAACUACCCCACACAGAAUGUGCUAGCUGCAGUUGACUUUGAUUUGAAAUUCACAUAUGUGCUGGCUGGUUGGGAGGGAUCUGCACAUGAUGCCACAAUUCUUGCUGAUGCACUAGAGAGGGAUGAUGGGUUAAGGGUUGCAGAAGGUAAAUUCUAUCUAGUAGAUGUUGGAUAUGCAUGUCGCCCUGGAUUCCUUCCUCCUUACAGGGGUACUAGAUACCAUCUUAAUGAGUUUGGUGGUCGACACUAUCCAACCAAUACAAGAGAGUUAUUUAAUUUGAGGCAUUCAAGUUUGCGUGUAACUGUUGAGAGGGCAUUUGGGGCUUUGAAAAAUCGAUUCCGUAUUAUUGACAACAAAUCCUUUCACCCAUUCAAGACAAGUCAAAUUGGUGCUUGCAUGCUGCAUUAUACACAACUGGAUACUUGGUUUUGGGGGAGAUGAGGUUAUACCUGUUGAGUCUACUUGGGAGCCCAACAGACUUUAUGAUCAGGGGCAUGGUGUUCCUAUGGAUGACAAUGCAGCUUGGGCUCAGAAGAGGGAUGAAUGGGCUAAUAGCAUGUGGGCUAAUAGGGGUCACUCACGCACCUAGAUUCCUGUACUAGGUUAUUUCCAUUUGUUUUCUGAACAAUGCCCUUUGUGGUUUGCUUUUAUGUUGUUUGAAUCAUGGACAAGUUGCUAUGAUGUUGGUUCUGUUGAUUU